CAUCGUGAUUGUUGACAAAAGUGUUUCUGUGACUGAAGAUUUUGAAAUGUCUACUUGUACCAGCUGUUAAACGUCGAACUUUCCCUUGAUCUAGAACAAUUUUUUAAAGUUUAAACCAUACAUAAAUAAACAAUUACUUUAAAAGAAAAAUAUCCUCUCAAACUUAUAAAAUCUAAUCUUGAUUCUAUAUUCAAGCUCGUUAUGUCUCUACCAGUUGAUAAUGAAGUUCAUGAAUUAAAAUUGGGAAGUAGUUUUGAUUCUUUUCCUAAAGUUGGAUUUCACACAAUUCGUUAUGAUUUUAAACCAGCAUCGGUUGACACAAAUAAAGAAGCCUGUGUGGAAGUAAAUGGGGGAAAUCAAGUCACAGUUACAGUUCCUCAUGUAGAGGGUUCCGGUAUAAGCCAUACAGUUUUUAAAGGAAACAAGCAGCCUGUGAUGAAAGAAUGUGUACUAAUAAUAGAUCACAACACAGGGACAUACACCCUCGAAAAACUAACUAGCAAGAUAACUGUUAAAAAAACGAGGUUGGAUGGCAGCAGUAAGGCCAUGCAGCAUAUCACGGGUAGGGUCACACCUGUGGACAACAAAAAACUAGUUGCAUCCUCCUCGCCCAAGGCCGAUAACUACUCAAUUACACCUAUUCACAGCGAAGCAUCCAGAGGUACAGAUGAUAUAGCUUUGGUUGGUGAAAUUACAGACAGUUCUGAUGAUGAGGAUACUGUGGUAAAACCUGCCAGUCUGGGAGGUGGAUCCAUUCAAUCCAAGCACCAGAUGGCAGGUGUGUUAGAUGACGACUUGGCUCUCAGUGAAUCUGGCAGUGACAGUGAUUGAUAUUAGUGAAUUUGGCAGUGACAGUGAUUGAUGACGACUUGGCUCUCAGAGAAUCCGGCAGUGACAGCGAUUGAUAUUUAUGAAUUUAACAGUGAGAGUGAUUGAUGAUGACUUAGCCUUACUGAAUCUGGCAGUGACAGUGAUUGAUGAUGACUUUUAGUAAAUCUGACAAUGACAGUGAUUGAUGAUGACUUUUAGUAAAUCUGGGAAUGACAGUGAUUGAUGAUGACUUGACUUUUAGUAAAUCUGACAAUGACAGUGAUUGAUCUCAGUGAAUCUGGAAGUGACAGUGAUUGAUGGCGACCUGGCUGGCAGUGAAUCUGGUAAUGGUUUGGCUCUCCAUGAAUCGGGCAGUGAAGUGGUUUAAACAAAAUUUAAAAUUACGGAAUUGUAAUCAUAUAGAUUUUUUCUUGUUUAUAUGUUAAACAAAAUAACCUUAAAAUUUUUUUCUAAGAUCUCAGUGAUAUGGGAUCUAUUCCUGCUUCUGAUCAUGUUAUUUAUGCUGUAAUCUUUUCUCUUAAUUGUCUGUCCCUUAGAAGUAGAAAUGUUGAAUGAUCACUGGUUUAUUUUUAAUUAAACUCGUUUACGGGUAAAAUCUAAAAGAGAGGAUUGCCUUGUAAAAAAUCUGUUUUUUAAAUCAGUGUAUUAAUUUCUGCUGAUUAUAGACUUGUGUUCCAACUUAUACUGCUAACUGUAUGUAUUGAAGUGAAAGAUUAAUUAUUAUAUUUAACAUUCUUUUAAAUUUUUUUGUUAAAGUUGUAAAAAAAUGUCUGUAUUAGAUUUAAAUGAUACCUUUACAAUUACAUUUUUCUGUCUUCUUCACAAAUAAUUCAUUAUUCCAUUCUUGUAUUUGUCUGAACAUGUUACAGUUAUUAUGUUUCUUUAAGAGUUUUGACAAGCUUAUUUUGUAACUGCCAUCGUUUAUGUACUGCUGUUGCUCUCCCUUCCCCGCCUCACCAGGAUGCAUUUUGUGAAAGACGUUAACAAACGCUUAUCAAUUAAAGUUUGAAUCAACGUCCCAUGUUAAUGUGAGGAUCAUGUAAAUCAUUUUCAUCCACUUCCACAAUCAAAUUUUGUUUAACAUCUCCACAGCAGGCCUUGUUGUGUGAUUAACCUACUCAUCUCCAGUGAGAUUAUCCUUCAAUCUUUUAUUGAUGUAAUGUAUAUACAACUAUACAACAUUAUUUGUGGUCUUUAAAUUGUAUUUUAUAGUUUUAAGGAUGCAGUUUAAACAGAUUUAUGGAGUUCAGUGUUUGAUAUGUACAAAGUCAGCAUUAUUUUAUUUUUCUUUAUGUAGACAAAUGCUAGUCAUCCAUCUCAUAUUUAGCAUGAUUGUCUGACUAGUGUACUACAUUUUGUUAACAAUCGAGGCAAGAAAUGCUGUCAACACUCAGACUAGUUGUAUAAUGUGAUAGUCAGAGCCACUUGCACUUAAAAUUACACAUUUCCUUUAGCAAUCAAGAUUGUUUCCCUUUAGUUUUAAUAAGCAAUGCA